CUCCCCGCGGCCCCGGAGGUUUCACUGCACAACAAGAUGGCGGCGGCGGCGGCGAGCGGAGCUGGCGGGGCUGCCGGGGCCGGGACGGGGGGAGCCGGGCCCGCGGGCCGCCUGCUGCCUCCGCCCGCGCCGGGGCCCCCGGCCGCCCCCGCUGCCGUGUCCCCCGCCGCCGGCCCGCCGCGUCCCCCAGCCCCGGCCUCCCGCGGACCCAUGCCCGCCCGCAUCGGAUACUACGAGAUCGACCGCACCAUUGGCAAGGGCAACUUCGCGGUGGUCAAGCGGGCCACGCACCUCGUCACCAAGGCCAAGGUUGCUAUCAAGAUCAUAGAUAAGACCCAGCUGGAUGAAGAAAACUUGAAGAAGAUUUUCCGGGAAGUUCAAAUCAUGAAGAUGCUUUGCCAUCCCCAUAUCAUCAGGCUCUACCAGGUUAUGGAGACAGAACGGAUGAUUUAUCUGGUGACAGAACAUGCUAGUGGAGGGGAAAUAUUUGACCACCUGGUGGCCCAUGGUAGAAUGGCAGAAAAGGAGGCGCGUCGGAAAUUCAAACAGAUCGUCACAGCUGUCUAUUUUUGUCACUGUCGGAACAUUGUUCAUCGUGAUUUAAAAGCUGAAAAUUUACUUCUGGAUGCCAAUCUGAAUAUCAAAAUAGCAGAUUUUGGUUUCAGUAACCUCUUCACUCCUGGGCAGCUGCUGAAGACAUGGUGUGGCAGCCCUCCCUAUGCUGCACCUGAACUAUUUGAAGGAAAAGAAUAUGAUGGGCCCAAAGUGGACAUCUGGAGCCUUGGAGUUGUCCUCUAUGUGCUUGUGUGUGGUGCCCUGCCGUUUGAUGGGAGCACACUGCAGAAUCUGCGGGCCCGUGUGCUGAGUGGAAAGUUCCGCAUCCCAUUUUUUAUGUCCACAGAAUGUGAGCAUUUGAUCCGUCAUAUGCUGGUGUUAGACCCCAAUAAGCGCCUCUCCAUGGAGCAGAUCUGCAAGCACAAGUGGAUGAAGCUAGGGGACGCCGAUCCCAACUUUGACAGGUUAAUAGCUGAAUGCCAGCAACUAAAGGAAGAAAGACAGGUGGACCCCCUGAAUGAGGAUGUCCUCUUGGCUAUGGAGGACAUGGGACUGGACAAAGAGCGGACACUGCAGUCAUUAAGAUCAGAUGCCUAUGAUCACUAUAGUGCAAUCUACAGCCUGCUGUGUGAUCGACAUAAGAGACAUAAAACCCUGCGUCUCGGAGCACUUCCUAGCAUGCCCCGAGCCAUGGCCUUUCAAGCACCAGUCAAUAUCCAGGCGGAGCAGGCAGGUACCACUAUGAACAUCAGCGUUCCCCAGGUGCAGCUGAUCAACCCAGAGAACCAGAUUGUGGAGCCGGAUGGGACACUGAAUUUGGACAGUGAUGAGGGUGAAGAGCCUUCCCCUGAAGCAUUGGUGCGCUAUUUGUCCAUGAGGCGGCACACAGUGGGUGUGGCUGACCCACGCACGGAAGUUAUGGAAGAUCUGCAAAAGCUCCUACCUGGCUUUCCUGGAGUCAACCCACAGGCUCCAUUCCUGCAGGUGGCCCCUAACAUGAACUUCAUGCACAACCUGUUGCCUAUGCAAAAUUUACAACCAACCGGGCAACUUGAGUACAAGGAGCAGUCUCUCCUACAGCCGCCCACGCUACAGCUGUUGAAUGGAAUGGGCCCCCUUGGCCGGAGAGCAUCAGAUGGAGGAGCCAACAUCCAACUGCAUGCCCAGCAGCUACUGAAGCGCCCACGGGGACCCUCUCCGCUUGUCACCAUGACACCAGCAGUGCCAGCAGUUACCCCUGUGGACGAGGAGAGCUCGGAUGGGGAGCCAGAUCAGGAAGCUGUGCAGAGGUACUUGGCAAAUAGGUCCAAAAGACAUACACUGGCCAUGACCAACCCUACAGCUGAGAUCCCACCGGACCUACAACGGCAGCUAGGACAGCAGCCUUUCCGUUCCCGGGUCUGGCCUCCUCACCUGGUACCUGAUCAGCAUCGCUCUACCUACAAGGACUCCAACACUCUGCACCUCCCUACGGAGCGUUUCUCCCCUGUGCGCCGGUUCUCAGAUGGGGCUGCGAGCAUCCAGGCCUUCAAAGCUCACCUGGAAAAAAUGGGCAACAGCAGCAGCAUCAAACAGUUGCAGCAGGAGUGUGAGCAGCUGCAGAAGAUGUACGGGGGGCAGAUUGAUGAAAGAACCCUGGAGAAGACCCAGCAGCAGCAUAUGUUAUACCAGCAGGAGCAGCACCAUCAAAUUCUCCAGCAACAAAUUCAAGACUCUAUCUGUCCUCCUCAGCCAUCUCCACCUCUUCAGGCUGCAUGUGAAAAUCAGCCAGCCCUCCUCACCCACCAGCUCCAGAGGUUAAGGAUUCAGCCUUCAAGCCCACCCCCCAACCACCCCAACAACCAUCUCUUCAGGCAGCCCAGUAAUAGUCCUCCCCCCAUGACCAGUGCCAUGAUCCAGCCUCACGGUGCUGCAUCUCCCUCCCAGUUUCAAGGCUUACCUUCCCGCAGUGCAAUCUUCCAGCAGCAGCCUGAGAACUGUCCCUCUCCUCCCAACGUGGCACUAACCUGCCUGGGCAUGCAGCAGUCUGCCCAGUCACAGCAGGUCACCAUCCAAGUACAAGAGCCUGUUGACAUGCUCAGCAACAUGCCAGGCACCGCUGCAGGAUCCAGUGGGCGGGGCAUCUCCAUCAGCCCCAGUGCCAGUCAGAUGCAGAUGCAGCACCGUACCAACCUGAUGGCCACCUUCAGCUACGGGCACCGUCCCUUGUCCAAGCAGCUGAGUGCUGACAGUGCAGAGGCUCACAGCUUGAACGUGAAUCGGUUCUCCCCUGCUAACUACGACCAGGCGCAUUUACACCCCCAUCUGUUUUCGGACCAGUCCCGGGGUUCCCCCAGCAGCUACAGCCCUUCAACAGGAGUGGGGUUCUCUCCAACCCAAGCCCUGAAAGUCCCUCCACUUGACCAAUUCCCCACCUUCCCUCCCAGUGCACAUCAGCAGCCGCCACACUAUACCACAUCGGCACUACAGCAGGCCCUGCUGUCCCCCACGCCGCCAGACUAUACAAGACACCAGCAGGUUCCCCACAUCCUUCAAGGACUGCUCUCUCCACGGCAUUCGCUCACCGGACACUCGGACAUCCGGCUGCCCCCAGCAGAGUUUGCACAGCUCAUUAAAAGGCAGCAGCAACAACAACGGCAGCAGCAACAGCAGCAGCAGCAACAGCAAGAAUACCAGGAACUGUUCAGGCACAUGAACCAAGGGGAUGCGGGGAGUCUGGCUCCCAGCCUUGGGGGACAGAGCAUGACAGAGCGCCAGGCUUUAUCUUAUCAAAAUGCUGACUCUUACCACCAUCACACCAGCCCCCAGCAUCUGCUACAAAUCAGGGCACAAGAAUGUAUCUCACAGGCUUCCUCAGCUACCCCGCCCCAUGGGUAUGCUCAUCAGCCGGCACUGAUGCAUUCAGAGAGCAUGGAGGAGGACUGCUCGUGUGAGGGGGCCAAGGACAGCUUCCCAGACAGUAAGAGUUCAAGUACAUUGACCAAAGGUUGCCAUGACAGCCCUCUGCUCUUGAGUACCGGUGUACCUGGGGACCCCGAAUCUUUGCUAGGAACUGUGAGUCACACCCAGGAAUUGGGGAUACAUCCCUAUGGACAUCAGCCGACUGCUGCAUUCAGUAAAAAUAAGGUGCCCAGCAGAGAGCCUGUCAUAGGGAACUGCAUGGAUAGAAGUUCUCCAGGACAAGCAGUGGAGCUGCAGGAUCACAACGGGCUCGGGUACCCAGCACACCCCUCCGUCCACGAGCAGCACAGGCCCCGGGCCCUCCAGAGACACCAUACCAUCCAGAACAGCGACGAUGCUUAUGUACAGCUGGAUAACUUGCCAGGAAUGAGUCUCGUGGCUGGGAAAGCACUUAGUUCUGCCCGGAUGUCGGAUGCAGUUCUCAGCCAGUCGUCGCUCAUGGGCAGCCAGCAGUUUCAGGAUGGGGAAAAUGAGGACAUUCUGCUCAGCUACAAGCACCCCGAAGUCUCCUUCAGCAUGGAGCAGGCAGGCGUGUAACAAGAAGCAGAGAGUUGUGUGUACAGCUUGGGAAUGAAAAGGUUGAUUGAAAACCCACAGUAUCUAGCAGCGCUGCGCCAAAUUGCCCUUGUGUUUCUCUGCACCCAGAAUAUCACAGCUCCUCUCCUCACAUUUGGUUCAUCCGUGUGCUGUUCUUUUGGGUUCUGAGAGGGUUUUGCCAUGUUUGCUUGUAUGACCAAGUCACCAAGGAAAUAAACAGGAAAUCCAUGUUCUCCAUCUUUUGUGAAAGUAUAUUUGAGUUGGUGGUUUUGUUGUUUCGUUUGGGGGUUUGUGUUUUGUUUUGUUUUUGGUAUGUUUUCUUCUGGAGGUGAUUUACUUUCUUUUUUCUUUCUUUCUUUUUUUCCUUUUGUCCCUUUUUUGAAACAGGAGAGCAAAGCAGUUAGAUCAGAGGCCAGGGGCCUCAGGGCCACUCCCUCCCUAGCCUUCAUCAGCCUCCAUCCCCCUGCAUUGCUCUUCUGUGAAAGCAAAUACUAGAGGAUGCCAUCCUCUGGAAUCCUCAUGGCAGGCAAAGGGAGAGAGGAAGGGUGACGGCUUCUAGCACUUACAGAACAAAAAGAACAAAGAGAAACCCCCAAGCCUGGAACCUAGAGAGGUCUUUACUGCUGGGAUCCACAGAAAAACAUGUCUGUCCCAGCCAAGAUCAUAUGAAGAGUUUAGCACGGAGGCUGAGAAUGACCUGGCACAGAUGGUUUGCCAGUUAGAAUGUCUCAAUUUGAGCCUUUGCUUUUGGUGGAUAUCUCAGCUCCCCUCUUGUAACCUGGAAAGUUGGUUGCCUUGAUCAUCCUGCUGGUUUUAUCCAUGGACUAAACACCCAACAGCAGUGCACUAUGCUUUCUGUGGCAUCCUUCAUUCUCAUUUUAUAUUGUCUAUAAAAAGAAUUGUUUCUCCAUAUAUAUUAUAUAUGUAUGUGUGUAUAUAUAUAAUAUAUAAUAUAUAUAUAUGCUCUCCCCUUUCAGCCUCUUUGUCACAGGCAAGAAGCGUAGGAGGUUGCCUCAGCCCCUGCCUCUCUCCUAACCUCCUCCUCCCCACUGGGCACCCUCAGCCCCUGUAUUAAUUCUUGAUCAUGUAGAAAUUGUUUUUGGUAAAUGUUGAUAUUAUUGUUAUCAUUAUUAAUAAAUAAAGACAAAAGGAAUUUUUGUUUAAAAGAGAAAUGUUUAACCAGAUUCAAUUCUAUUUGAAUUGUGACUUGCACCUUUUGUUCAAAGUAUUUCCUUUAGGCAUUGUAAUUGUGAACCGCUCUUACUUGUGCCAGUGACAGAUGCAGUGAUCGCCUUUCCCCAGUUGAAGCAGUGCAUACGCAAUAGCUAUUGUUUGUGUUAUCUUUAUUUCUCUUCAUUGUUAGAAACCAAAGUCUUCUCUGCUGGCUGGGGCUGAGAGAGGGUCUGGGUUAUCUCCUUCUGAUCUUCAAAACAAGAGAGAGACCUUGAAUACUCUGACUCUCCAUCCUUUUUUAUUUCCGGGAAAGGAGAGCAAGGAUUCCUGAAUCCCCUCCUAGUUUUUCGUCCAGAAUUUGCACAGAGGAAAGCGGGUGCCCAGCAUGGCCAUCCUGAUGUUGCUGGCGGGAUCCCUAUGCACCAUGUCCGACUCCACUGAUACUGGCAGCUCAGCUCCUGGACCCAAUAUCCCUUGAGUGGAAUUCUGCAGUGCAAGAGUUUUUCCUGGGAGCAGUCCCGUGUUUCCAUGGUCCCCAGUCUCCCCUCCACUUGGUGGGGUCACCAACUACUCACCAGAAGGGGGCUUACCAAGAAAGCCCUAAAAGCUGUUGUUUGACUUCUCUGGGCUUGUUCCAACUCUUAUGCCCCCGACUUGCCCUACCACCACCACGCAUUCAGCCUGAUCUGUUUACAUGGUACUGUAUGUAUGGGAGAGCAGACUGCACCCUCCAGCAACACCAGAUGAAAGCCAGUGAGUCUACUAACCGUGCCAUCUUGCAAACUACACUUUAAAAAAAACUCAUUGCUUUGUAUUGUAGUAACCAAUAUGCGCAGUAUAUGUUGAAUGUAUAUGAACAUACUUUCCUAUUUCUGUUCUCUGAAAAUGUCAGAAGUAUUUUUUUCUUUCUCAUUUUAUGUUGAACUAAAAAGAAUUAAAAAAAAUCUCCAGACUCAA